UGCAGUACUUGUAAAUGCUGGAAUGGACUCUACAAGUUGCUGCAAUUAAUUAACAUAUAAUAUCAUUAUAAUAUAAGGAGCGUCUGUGCCAACGAAGUGUUCAUCACGAGUGUACCAAUCUAAACAUUAAUUAAUCUAAACAUGAUGCAGCUGCGGUGAUUCUUUUCAUUCGACCAGCAGUAAUGUGAUUGGUCAAAGCUGAAUCUGGGAUUCCCCUUCGAUUGAUGACGUCUAUACUACGUCAGUCUGCUAUUCUUCGUUGGCUUGCGUAGGUUUGGUAUUCUAGAAGAAAAUGUCCAAAGAGCAGGAUAAAACUCGUUUGGAAUGGGCACAAUGGAUGUUUUCUUUUGUGUGCUUUUCCUCUGCUAUUGCUGCUCUUGUGACGUCCUUCUCCAUGCAAACUAAAAUUACGUCACUUUACGAACGUCUAGAUGAACAACGCGAGGUGUUAGCACAGCUAGACAACAAAAUUUCAGAUGAUCAGGCUUCAAACUUUCACCAAGAAGUAGAGCAAUCGCUGUUUGUGUCUAAGGAUUCAAGCAAAUCAGAGUCUUCGGAAUGCAAAGUGACAUGUGUAAAUGGGGAUGGAUGCCUCACAUGGAGUGGUGACAUGAUUUCUUUUCCAACUGCUCACCUGACAGCAAAUAAGACUAAAGGCUUGCACUUAUGGUAUCCCGAUCUUCUCUUUGGUGGAAUGAGAGUUGUGGAUUCUCAUCUGAUCAUUCCGUAUACUGGGAAGUACUUUGUAUACUGUCAAAUGCAGUAUAGAGACUCAAAUGAUUAUCACAGCUCUCUUCUUGUCAAUGGACAGUCGGUGUUUGACAACAUCAAGUUGAACUAUCAGUCAUGGUUGCUCAGAUUGAAAUGUAAUGAUACAGUGACUGUCCUACCUGAUAUGUCACAUCUGAGUCAAUUUUCAUACCACUCCUCAUUUUUUGGAGCAUAUUACUACACUCAGGGUUCUUCUGAUUGAUCAAAAAGUCAUUUGAGGCUAACAGUUGUAAUGUUUGCAUCUUUCUGGUGUUAUAAGACUGUUUGGUUAGUGUUAGCAUUAUUGCUCAUUUUCAGUUAGUGGCUGUUCAAUAUUGAACACAUCUGUUUGUAGUAGUUAAUUGUAGCUCUUAGCUACAUGGCUAAUAUAUGGAUGCUUAUACAACACGUACAAUAAUUGAU